AUGCAGGUGGUGGCAGCAGAGACACCCUACUCGUCCGCCAAGACCUUCGAGGAGCUCAACCUAUCAGAGCCGCUGCUGAGAGGGCUCUACUCCGAGAUGAAGUUCGAGCGCCCCUCCAAGAUCCAGGCCGUCACCCUGCCCAUGAUACUACAGCCGCCCAACGCCAACCUCAUUGCCCAGGCUCACAACGGGUCGGGCAAGACCACGUGCUUCGUGCUGGGCAUGCUGUCGCGAGUGGAUCCGCAGGUCAAAGCUCCCCAGGCCCUCUGCAUCUGUCCCACUCGCGAGCUGGCACAGCAGAACGAAGCAGUGCUGCUGCGCAUGGCCAAGUACACGGGCAUCACGUGUGCGUGCACGGCGUCGGAGGGCACAGGCACCAUCGUCUCCUCCUCGGCGCAGGAGAGGCUGGGCGACCAGGUGGUCAUCGGCACUCCCGGCACACUCAAGCGCUGGAUGACCAAGGACCGCAUUCUGCCCGUCAAGAGCAUCAAGAUUCUGGUGUUUGAUGAGGCGGACCACAUGCUGGACCAGGACGGGUUUCAAGACGACUCCAUCAGAAUGAUACAGUUCAUCACCAAGAGCAACCCCUCCUGCCAGAUUCUUCUCUUCUCGGCCACAUUCAACGAGCGAGUCAAAAGGUUUGCCCAGCGAGUGGUCCCCAGUGCCAACCAGGUGUACGUGCCCAAGGAGCAGCUGUCGCUGGACGUGAUCAAGCAGUACCGCGUGCGAGUGCCCUCUCGUGACGCCAAGGUCGUGGUGCUCAAAGACAAGAUCUUCCCCGCUGCUGAGAAGCUCGGGCAGUCCAUCAUUUUUGUCAAGACACGCGAAACUGCCCGGGAUCUUCACAGGAAGCUGGAAGCAGACGGGCAUCGGUGCACGUCCAUUCAGGGCGGCAUGUCACACGAGGAGAGAGACGAUGUGAUUCGCGAGUUUCGCAGCGGCACCACCAAGAUCCUCAUCGCCACUGACGUGCUGGCUAGAGGGUUCGACCAGGCACAGGUGACACUUGUGGUGAAUUUUGAUCUGCCCGUGAAGAAUGCACCUCCCAACGAGCCAGAGUACGAGACCUAUCUCCAUCGUAUCGGUCGCAGCGGGCGGUUUGGAAGAAAAGGUGCGGCGUUCAACCUGGUGUGUGGGGAGAAGGACGAGCGCACACUUAACAAGAUUGAGAAACACUUUGACCGCGUGAUUCCUGAUGUGCAAUGGGACGACGACGAUGCCUUUGAGAAGGUGCUCAAGGAGGCAGGCCUCGCUUGA